AUCGGCACGGAUCACACAAGGACCUGUAUGGACUGUGUAUCCGUGGGUCCCAUUGUGUCAUAUUACGAAGUUUUGUUUCGAAGAAAGUGGGAUGAGUAUCGUUAAGUAGGUUAAGUAUGUUGUUGCGAUUGAUAACAACAAAUGCAGGGUUUGACAAUGGCUUUGGCUAGUAUAAGUAUAUGCCAGCACUACAGUCGAAGAGUGUCAUUCUCAUUACUAUGGCUUGUACGAGCGACUUUGAAACAUAAAUGCGGUACAAACACGUGCGUUGAGAGAACAUUAAUGAGUGCAACAUCAGAUGUUCUUGACAGUUUCACCGAUGAACUAUCACGCAAAAAAUCUGACAAAUGGAAGUUUCUAAAUAGACAGAAAGCUAUUCAGUGUGCAAAUGAAAGAAGUUUAAAUGAUAGUAAUCAAAACAGUCUUCAGGAAGACUUUGAGUGCUACGACAUUAAUGUUAAUUCUCUAGAUGAGUUGUUAACAAAAGUUAUACGUUCUAAAGAAUAUAACCUUAUAAUAAAAAUAUUAAAAUUUUCAGGAGCAAAACAACUCUGUCCAUCUCCAGAAUUGUUACUGGAAGCAGCAAGUGUAUUAUCAAGGAUUGGUAGCAGAACAGGAGUGGAAGUUGUCAUGUCAGUAUGUGAAUCUUUGAAUAAGAAUGAGUUUUACAAUCAGGCAGAAUAUAAACAUUAUAUGGCUGAAGCCACAUGGAUUCGUGGUGAUAUUCGUGAGGCUUUGGACAUGUUUGCAGAGGUAUAUAAGUAUCAUGUUACCUUGCGAAGGAAAGUUAGGCAUAUGACAAAAUUCUUAUUUGCGGAAUGUGUCUCGAAGAGGAGUGAAGCAUCAGUAGUUUUGGUUACAAAUUUUGCAAAGAAAUUUGCUGAAGAAUAUGGAGAUUAUUAUUUUUUGUCAUUUCUAUGGCAGUUUUGCUUCUUGAGUGAAUGGUUUUGUGACCAGAAAAUGGCUGAUAAACUGCUAGAGCAAUAUAAAGAGCUUAGAGCACUAAUUAUGGAUAGAAUAAAAAUAAUUGCUGUGACUGCACUGAAACAAGAAGAAGUUGAAGUAGUGCAAAGGUUACUAGAAGUUACAUUGCGCUAUGAAAUGAAGCAGGAUUAUGCACACAUAUUGAGUGAAUUGUUUGAUUUCAAGUGUGCCCGUGGAGAUCUUAGGGGAUGCUCAGCUGUACUUACGUCAUCAUUAGAACUGAAUGUGUCCCUGAAGCCUGAACAGCAUGACAGGUUUCUUGCCCUUUUGCUGGGUUUGAACAGAAGGAACAAGCAACUCCCAAGGCAGAAGCAACAACAACAUUUCCACAAGAGAUUAGAAGUGCCUUGUUUCCAGUUGAAGUUCUGAAUUGAAUACGGAUUGCUGGAGAAUUAAAUAGUGAUUGACUUGUACAGAAUAGUGCCAUGUAAUAAAGAUAUAAAUUGUGUGUUUGCAUUUAUACUGUAAAAUAUAAAUGAAACGUCAAAGACUCUUGUUAGUA